AUGAAGACCUACUACUUUGCGGCGGAGUGCAAGCAGACGGCGCAGCAGUGGAUGAACGCCCUCUCCCUUGCCAGUAUCAUGCAACUGGCGGCGCUCUGUCCGCAGAUGGGACUGCAGCAGAUGAAUGGAAGCUCAUCGAAAGAAUCCCCAAAAACCUCCUCUACAGCUUUAGCAAAAAGCUCCAAAAACAACUCCUCAGCUGCUCAAACGGCAGUGCCAAAGAAUGCCAGUGCCAAUGGUGGAGAAGGUCAGCAGCCAAACAGUUAUCACCUCUUUCAAAGUAACCAUCAGCAGCCGAACGGUAAUGGAAUAGGUCAGCGUGCAAUAGGCUUCGACGAGUCGUCGUCCUCGGUGGCGGCCAACUUUCUCGCCUACGAAGAGGCCAAACAGCAGCAACAGCAGCAGAUGAUGAUGAUGUACGGCUAUCAGAGCCAAAGCCAGUUUCAGCAAGCUCAGUAUCAGGCUCAGCUAGCAGCAGCUACCCAGCAACUGACGCCCAACUCUAGCUCUACCUCUCAGCUGAACCUCUACAACUCCAUUGGCCUGCCCUCGGUGGCGCCUUCCACCACAGGCGGCGGCGUGUCCGGAGCCUUCACUGGGGAAGACGCCAAUGCCAUUCUACACGCCUUUGCGCCGCCUAAGCCACAAAGGCUGUUGCAACAGCAAAAUCAACAGCAGCAGCAGCAGCAGUUCUACGAGGACGCCAUGCUCACCUAUGACCACCUACCGGCGAUGCAGCAGCAGUUUCAGCAGCAUCAGCAGGAAUCGAUCUCCUCUUCUUCGGCACUGUCGUACAAUGGUGGCGGAUAUCCUCCAGCUCAACAGCAACAGCUUGGAUCUUAUUACCUUCAAAACGCUGCUACUGCAUUCGACGGCGGAUACUACUUUGGAGCUGUCGCGGCUGCUGCUGCAACUAAUGAGGAGCUACCUUCUGCCUACCUUCAACACCGCCUGCCGCCCAGGCCCCACUCGGCGGACUUUCUCGAGCGUGAUGAUCAAGAGGAGGAGGAGGCAGAUCAAGGAGGCUUUGAUGAGGAGUGCCAAAAUGCUUUCACCAUAGCUGCUGCUGCUGCAAAGACCAAUGCGACCGUUAACAGCACUGCCAGCAUACUGCCCUCUAGGCCCAAGUCGAGCAUGCGACAGAACAGCAGCCUUUCCUCUCAGCCCGUUUCUUUGUCAACCACCGACUGUCCCUCUUACACAAACACUUACACCUCUUCUUCGGAGGCUUCCUUGAACAACGGCAGCCAAGGACAUUCGAUACAAUCAGUAGAUCUUAAUCUCAACCGGAAUCAACAGCAGCAGCAACAGCAAUUGAAGACUACUAAAUCGAGGACAAAUGUGGCUACUGCAGACUGGAAUGACGUUGGUCUGCCGGCGCAACCGCCUCUACCAUCAGUACUAAACACUUUAAACGGAAGUACUCAUAGCAGCGAACAUCUGCCUACUUCCAGCUCCGGUCGGGUGAAGGCGGCAAAGAUGGCCAUUGAAUCGGCCGCAGCAGCAGCAGCAGCCACCGCCUCUACCAUUUCAGGCAGCAGUUGCAGCUCUUCGCUGCUGUCCUUUCAGAUGAUCACCUCUUCGGAGCUUAAUCUUCAGAAAGAAAAUGGUGGAGAUGAUGGAGAGGCAGAAGUGAAGUUCAAGCUGAGCAGCAAGGUGCGCACCUAUCGAAGGCCAAAGAGCGGCGGCGGUGGAAGCGUCACUGGAACCAGUGACACAUCCAGUGACAUUGUUCCGGUCACUGCUGUUUUGGCUGAAGCUUCAAAGCCAACACCUUUAAACUCUGCAAUUUCUACGACCUCAACUACAAUCACCACUACCACUUCUUCCUCCUCUUCAGCUCCCUACUACUACUCUGACCUGCUCAGUGCAGAGCAGAGAGAACAGUUGCGGCGAAAGCUGGACUGCAACUUUGCCGCCUCGCCGCCGGCGUUGCUGUCUCGGGCAAGCACCGGUAGUGGAGGUAGUCUGAGCGCUGCACGGCUACUGGGCAUGACCACGUUGCAGGGCGUCAAAAACCAGCAGACUUCUUUAGCAGGAGCAACAGCCAAACCUUCGCCAUCGAUACCUAAAACACUGACUGAGGCGAAGGGAAAAGCGCCUUCUGAGGAGAAAAAGUCUUCUGAAGCGGUAGUAAUUCAAAAGCAGGAGGAGGAAGAAGCGGACAAUGAGUGCAAUGAAAAGCGUCAGCGAGAGAUGAUGAUGAUGCAGGAAAAGGAAAAGGAGAAGACUACGCAGAUUAAUGUCGUCCCGAAGGAACUAGUCACUGGCGAUGAAGAUGGAGAGGGGCACAUUUACGAAAACUACCACCAUCACUCUCAAAGUGCCAUCCCGAGCAGUUUAGAGCAGCAGCGGAAGGAUGAGGAUACGCUAGAUCCCGGAUCACUGAAUCGCGGCGGCAGCGGCAGCUCAAAGCACUCGAGCAGCACCACCGCCUCAAACGGUAGAACGAAACGUCGGGUGAAGAGGCGGUCUCCGAAGGAGGAUCAUCAUCACCAUCACCACCACCACCAUAGCCUAAACAACAUCUCCGACUCUGAAAUUUCCAAAAACACGGAGUUUUCAAGCCACAGGAACCACUACCGAAAAGGCUCAAGCGGCGGUGGAAAGUCUUCAAAGAUUUCUUUAAAAACGGGCUCUUCUUCGUACCCUAAAAAGGCCGCCUCGAUGUCGACCUUGCUAGUUGACUAUGAUCGAGGAUACGGUGGUGAAGGUGGUAAUCUCGAAGAUGGCAUUGGAGAUCAAGAGAAAAGGGAGGCGGCGACGGCGGCUAUUUCCACCGUAAGGCGGCAGCUCUCGGAGUUGCAGCUAGCGGCGGCCGCAGAACUUCCCACGGUGGAGCCGCUUUUGAAAACCGAAGCUUUGAACUUUUCCUCAUCCUCCACUUCAACGACUCCGGCACCACCGGAUCAUCACCACCACCACCAACUUCAUCACCCUCACCAGGACAGCCCAACACCACCGCCAGCCACUACAAACCUGGAGCACCUGCGGCGGCAGCAGACGGCGUUGGCCGGCGAGCUGGACCGCGUUCGCGGUCUGCUCACCCACUCCACGCGCCGACUGGAGGAGAAGGCGGUGGAGAAUGCGCAGAUGGAGCAGGAGAUGCGGCUUGCUAGGAGCAAGUUGAAGCAGGUACUCGCCAGUGAGCAGGAGGCGGCUGAGCUGGCCCGAAGCUCAAAGUUGGCAGCGGAGCUGGCGCACAUCAACGCCGUCAUUGACGACCUGCACAGUCGGCGGCAGGAGCUGAACCGAGCGAUUGAGGGCCUGAAGCUCUGUCCUCCAACUCCUCCAACUCAAGAGCAACAAUGUGUCUCGAAAACCCCUCUUUCAGGGGCGUACUUUUCACAAGAUGUAGGGGAGGAGGAGGUAGAGGAUGUGGAGAACUCCUUUUCCUCGCCCUCUUCGAUUCCUCUCUAUGAGAACAUUUCCCUUGCAAGUAAUGAUCAGGUGAACAACAACAACAACAGCAGCAGCAAUGGAAGUCUUCUAAACCAUCAUCACAUUCACAAUCACCUUCAGAGCAACAGUCUCGAGGACGAGGAGGAGGGAGAGGGCCUGGAGGACAUGGAAAACGACGAGUUCUUUACGCUGAACAUCAACCUUGCCAGUAAGCAGUACGGUGGGAACAAGUUUACUGCCGCCAAAGACGGGGUGUCAACAAACGGAGCUUCCUCCUCUUUGGAGAUCAACAACAACGACUCGGUGCAGCACAACCUCAAUGCACUGUCGGGCAACAACAGCGGCAGCAGUUCUACAAUGUGCGAGUUUGACCCGACGAAGGACAUGAUUGGCCACCACCACCAUCACCUUUCAUCUUCGCAUCCUUACGGCUCGGACGGCAGCAUCAUUGACCAGCAGAUACGGCAGAUCUACAACUACCACCAACAAACAGCUUCGGCUGUUCAGCAAAGCUCGGCAGCAAUGGCAGCUAAGCCGGCGCAGGAAAUUCGAACCGUCCGCGAGGUGAAGCGAGAAGCAGAACGGCGAAAGGUCGUUCAGCAGCAACAACAGCUCAACUUUCACAGCAGGUUCAGUCAGCUGUAUGGCGUCAGAAGCGGGGGCGACCUUCAAAGAUCUCAGCAGCAGCAACAGAACUUUUACCAACUUUUGACGGCCAAUCACUACUACACGCCUUCAGAGAGUACUCCCGCUGAAGCUGCGGCUGCAGUAGUUUUAGAAGGUGUUCAAGGCAACACCGGUGGCAAUGUCAUUGUUGCCGCCAAUGGCGAGCAGUUUGACGUUCUGCCUGCUUACGGUGAUCAUCAACGAGCUCAGUACACUGGACUGCCUUCAAGUGAAAGUCCUCCUUCAGUUGAUCAGCUUUUCUUUGAGAGCAAGACAACCUCUUCAGUGGCCGCUCCGGACAUUGUCCAGAGUACGAUCAAGUUUGCUGCUGGCGAAGUUGAAAGCGUUGGAGCAGUGCCAGCACUGAUGUCCCGUUAUUACGAGCAAUAG